CCUGGAACAACUGGCAUUGUCUCCCGCACGUUCUGAAGAACGGUCACACAAUGACACCUUCAUCAAUUGGGCUCACUUGAGAUUUCUUAGGUUUUCCAGCAUAAAGGAUGAAGAUUUUUGCGAUCCCAAAACCCUGGUAUCUCGGGCCACCGCCUAUGCGGCAAAGAAAUGGGAGCAACUUUCUCACGCCGAUAGUUCAAGUUGGAAGCACAAGUUAUAUGUCAAUGGACAAAAAUUAUUGGAUAAAAUGGAUUAUGAAGAGUAUUUUCUGAAGGGUGUACCGUUGAAGAAGGAGAUUAAUGAUGCUUCAAGUAAAGUGCCAUUACUCUAUCCUUCAAAAACCGUAAAGCCCGAGAAAGUCACGGAGACGCUUGAACGGCUACUCAAAUCACGUAUACCCUAUCAUCGAAAAUAUAUGAUCUAUUCCGGACUACUCCUUCCCUUGUCAGCCAGCUUUACGAUAGUACCGCUCGUACCGAAUAUACCAUUAUUUUAUAAUCUCUUUCGAUUUUACAGCCAUUACAAAGCCUUUAAGGGAGCUCAGCACCUUCAACACAUCACCAACGACGGCCGACUAAUACCCACCAAAUCAGAUCAGUUAAAUUACAUUUUCGAUGGGUUAGAUUUAGAAAACGGAGAUGUUAUCGACGAAGAUCGCAUUCACAUGAUCACAGAUGAGUUCAAGGUAGAGCGCUUGGGAAUUGAAGUGAGGCGAGCUAGGCAUCAAAUCUUGGAGAAGUUGAAAACAGAAUCACCAGAUAAAUACAAGUGGGUGAAACAGAAGAAUGGAUAUAGCGAUUCAUAUGAAAGGAAGGGAGGUGUGGAGGACAUUGUCAGGUCGAGGAGUCGGGAGGAUAAUUUAAAGGAACUUCACAUUGCAGAUAAUACCAAGAUCAAAGGAGAUAUAGAUGGUCACAAAGAAGGUAGGAAGGUUAAGAACGUGAAGAUCAUAACCGAUACAAUUGUAAAUAGGAAGGAUGAAAGUAAAACAAUUAAUAAUAAUAUUGUAAAAUAG